CCCCAUCUGCUGCUCUGCAUCAUGGUCUGUGGGAAGUGCCAGAAGCUUUCCAAGGGCACCUCGUUGGCCACCCCAGCAGUCAAGAAGAAGUCAGAGAUGUAUUAUGGUUCCCCUGCUUCUUCCUCGUCCUCGAAAUCAUCAGCCACGCUGGGGCAGACUGGUGUGUCCAAGAACAAGUUACUAUCAAAGGGAGCCAAGAAUCCCUAUGCCCAGUAUUCGAGCCUGCGCAAUGUGCGGAAAGUCAAACUCCAAAUCGAAGAGCGGCUCCGCACCGGCUGUCACGGGGCAGAAGUUCUCGUCCAAAUAAGGCCAGGUGAUAGUUGGUAA